AUGGCGCAAAAAGGAGUUCAGCUGGACCAGGAAACCUUCUCCUGUUCGAUCUGUCUGGAUCUACUGAAGGAUCCAGUGACUAUUCCCUGUGGACACAGCUACUGUAUGAACUGUAUUAAAAGCUUCUGGGAUGAAGAGGAUGAGAAGGAAAUCCACAGCUGCCCUCAGUGUAGACAGACCUUCACACCGAGGCCUGUCCUGAUGAAAAACACCAUGUUAACAGAUUUAGUGGACCCCUCCAAGAAGCUCCAGGAGAACAUCUGCUCUCAUCAUGAUGAGGUGAUGAAGAUGUUCUGUCGUACUGAUCAGCAGUGUAUCUGUUAUCUCUGCUCUGUGGAUGAACAUAAAGGCCAUGACACAGUCUCAGCUGCAGCAGAAAGGACUGAGAGGCAGAGAGAGCUGGAGCUGAGUCGACUAAAAAUCCAGCAGAGAAUCCAGGACAGAGAGAAAGAUGUGAAGGAGCUUCAACAGGAGGUGGAGGCUAUCAAUCGCUCUGCUGAUAAAACAGUGGAGGACAGUGAGAAGAUGUUCACUGAGCUGAUCCGUCUGAUGGAGAAAAGAAGGUCUGAUGUGAAGCAGCAGAUCAGAUCCCAGCAGAAAACUGAAGUGAGUCGAGUCAAAGAGCUUCAGGAGAAGCUGCAGCAGGAGAUCACUGAGCUGAAGAGGAAAGAUGCUGAGCUGAAGCAGCUCUCACACACAGAGGAUCACAACCAGUUUCUACACAACUACCCCUCACUGUCACAACUCAGUGAAUCUACAGACUCAUCCAGCAUCAAGAUCCGUCCUCUGAGGUACUUUGAGGAUGUGACAGCAGCUGUGUCAGAGCUCAGAGAUAAACUACAGGACAUUCUGACAGAGAAAUGGACAAACAUCUCACUGACACUGACUGAAGUGGAUGUUUUACUGUCACAACCAAAACACAGCACAUACAUGUCUGUUAUUGUCUGAGGGAAACAGAAGAGCAACCUUACAGAGAGAGGACCAGUCUUAUUCUA